GUCACUGGGCGGCGGUAGAAGUCGAUGUUUUUGAAUGUGGUGGAUGGUCUGCAGCAGAGCUGUGUAUCUGCUCGUCCGUGUCUGGGUGUGUUUUUAGGGUCAGCUGGCUCAGAUACUCGGAGCAGUGGGCUGAUAAUCUCAGAAAACAUCCGGCAGACACGCUGAGAGCCCUCAGCCCCGUAAGCGGUCAGCUUUGUCGGUGUUUUUCACCGACUUGGGCCGUUAGACCGCCGGUAAGGCUAGCAGCUAGCGCCGAGCAGCGAGCGGCGUCUCCAUGGUGACCCUCCGCGGCAGGGGCAGAGGGGACGCCGAUGUCAGCGGCGGAGCCCCGGGGAGGAAGCAGCAGAGGCCGGGGGGCAGCUCCACGACACCGCCGAAGAGCCCAGCGGAGUCCCGGAGGAGGAGCACCGUCACCCGGCAGGAGGAACCCGGGCUGUCCGAUGUGAGUCCGGUCAGGGGAUUUACCACCGAGGACGACGAAGACAACCAUGUUUCAGAUUCACAGGAGGAGGAAGAGGAGGAGAGACUAAAACCAGAGAGACGAGUCAGCAGGACAUCUGUAAGGCGUCUGAGCAGUAGAGGCAGACGGAGGAGCAGGCUGAGGAGGAGCACGCGCACCGUCAAACCAACAGACCGCUACGAGGCCUUCAGCAUGUUCGACGGCAUCAACAGCAGCGUGGCCCGCUCCGUCCUGGACAACAUGGACAGCAUGAAGAAGAAGAGGCGGCUCAGGAACAGCAGAGAGGGAAAGAUUUACUCUAAAGCUCAGAGGAGGAGAACUCCGGUCCUUCAGCCCGAGGAUCUCAGCGACACCGAGGAUGACGAGGCCGCCGCUGGUGAAGACGACCACGGAGCAGAAACGACCGCAGACGACGACAGCAGCGGCAGCCUGAACCCAAACUUUAACGCCAAAGUGAGCCGAGCCUCGGCGCUCUACCAGGGACCCGACAGUGAUUUCCCCAGAGGAACAUUCAGGAUCAGCGCCUCAGGACCAAACACGACCCGCAGAGGAGCGUUCAGUCUGACUGCUGUCGUCCUCUCGAAGUCUCUGAUGAUGAAGCCAAAAUCUCAGAGUUCCUGGAAGAGACAAGAUGAGAUCAGGAGUGGGUCUGGCCGACAGCUCAGACUACAAAACCAGAGUUUCAAGCCCCAGCCUCUCCUUCACAGAUUGUCGAAGGAGAUGGUGGUCUUUCCGCUCCUCUACCCUGAGGUCUUUGAAAACUUCAAGAUUCAGCCUCCAAGAGGUUGUCUCUUCUACGGCCCUCCUGGGACGGGGAAGACGCUGGUCGCCCGUGCGCUGGCCAACGAGUGUAGGCUCGGCAACAGGAAGGUGUCCUUCUUCAUGAGGAAGGGCGCCGACUGCCUCAGUAAAUGGGUUGGCGAGUCAGAGCGGCAGCUGCGUCUGCUGUUUGAGCAGGCGUAUCAGCUGCGCCCCUCCAUCAUCUUCUUCGAUGAGAUCGACGGCCUGGCUCCGGUCCGCUCCAGCAGACAGGAUCAGAUCCACAGCUCCAUCGUGUCCACGCUGCUCGCUCUGAUGGACGGCCUGGACAGUCGAGGGGAGGUGGUGGUGAUCGGAGCGACCAACCGGCUGGACUCCAUUGACCCGGCGCUGAGACGACCGGGACGCUUCGACAGAGAGUUCCUCUUUGGACUGCCAGACAGAGAGUCUCGGAAAGAGAUCCUGAAGAUCCACACGAUGCAGUGGAAGCCUCCUCCAUCUGAAGACUUCCUCGAUGAACUGGCUGAGAAAUGUGUGGGUUACUGUGGUGCUGACAUCAGAGCGGUCUGCACGGAGGCGGCUCUCUGCGCUCUGCGCCGCCGCUACCCUCAGAUCUACGGCACCGCCCAGAAGCUCCUCCUGGACGUCUCCUCCAUCUCCGUCAGCAGCUGCGACUUUGUGUCCGCCAUGAAGAAGAUGACGCCGGCCGCCCACCGCCUCGCCGGCACGCCCGCCAAACCCCUGUCAGCCGUGGUUCAGCCGCUACUGAGCGCCGCCCUGCAGGACAUCCUGGAGGCUCUGCAGAGGCUGUUUCCUCACGCCGAGCAGGGCAUGAAGAGGAAGAGAGAGCCAGAUCUGACCGCCGGCGUCCUCGAGGACGGCCUGAUGGGUGGAGAUGCUGAGAACUCCUCCCCCAUCUCCCUCCCCUCCACCUCCAAGAGCUCAAAGUUUCUACACUUUGCCAGGAGUGCAGUCAGACACCCGACGUCCCACCGCCCCAGGAUGCUCUUAGCGGGUCGUCCCGGAUCUGGUCAGACCUCCCACCUGGCUCCUGCGGUCCUGCAUGCCUUGGAGCGUUUAAGUGUCCACAGCCUGGACUCUGCCGUGCUGUUUGGAGUCAGCAGCACCUCACCUGAGGAGGCCUGCGCCCAGAUGUUCAUGGAGGCCAAGCGUACGUCUCCCAGCAUCCUCUACCUCCCUCACAUCCAGCAGUGGUGGGAGACUGUGGGGCCCGCGCUGAGAGCCUCCUUCCUCAGUCUGCUGGACAGCAUCCCCUCCUUCUCCCCCAUCCUCCUCCUCGCCACCAGCAGCCUCCCCCAUCAGCAGCUGGACCCUGAGAUUCAGUUCCUGUUUCGUGAGGAGUAUGGCGAGCUUUAUACCCUCAGCGCUCCCACCCCUCAGCAGAGGUCUGAUUUCUUCCAGGACCUCAUCCUGAACCAGGCGGCCGAGGCUCCGCCCUCAAAGACAAAGCCAGUGGCUCAGGCGACAGAGAUCCUCCCCCUGGCUCCCUCGCCUCCUCCUCGCCUGGUUCCUGAUGAAGAGCAGCGCCGUCUGGAGGAGCAGGAGGAGGACGUGCUGCGGGAGCUCCGCCUCUUCCUACGUAACGUCACCGAGCGUCUGUCUCUGGACCGACGGUUCAAGUCUUUCAGCAAACCGGUGGACAUAGAGGAGGUACCAGAUUACCUGAUGGUGAUCAGGAAGCCCAUGGACUUCUCCACACUGCUCACCAACAUCGACGAGCACCGCUACGCCACCGUGGGAGAGUUCAUGAGCGACGCUGACCUCAUCUGGAGGAACGCCCUCAAGUACAACCCCGACAGCGACCCCAUGGACCGUCACAUCCGUCACCGUGCGUGCGCCCUGAAGGACACGGUGUACGCCAUCAUCAGAGACGAGCUGGACGAAGACUUUGAGCGAGUCUGUGAGGAGAUCCGAGAGUCCAGACUCCUCCGAGCUAGCGGCGCUGAUACAAACCGGAGACGCAGCCCCUCUAAAAGGCUCAGAGCUCAAAAGAAAAAGUGUUACAAACGGCCGAGGAGGUCCAAGUGGAGCGCCGGCAUCAUACCCAAACCAAAGAAGAAGAAACCUCCCACCCCUCCCCCCUCUCCCUCCUCUCCCUCCUCCUCCCCCUCCUCACUGUCCAGCCCAGGGAACUCUGAAUCCGACCUAUCAGAGAGCAGCUUUGAGCAGAGCCCACCAGCAUCCACGCACUCAAACGGUGAUGCAGGAGUCCUCGUGAACGGGUACCACCGUCCAAAACUCAACGGCAUCUUAAAGGGUCAAACCCGGUCCUCAAAGACCCCGCUGAGGAAGAAGAGGGCGGUGAACGGGGUUUGUUUGAGGCUGACAGAGAAGCAUCGCAGGCCUGAGAGCAGAGCGGCUCUGGAGCAGAUGUUGAGCAGAAGAAGACCCGAGGAGAAUCUCACCAAGGAAAGUCCGGGGCUCAUGGUCGAUCACAGCAAGCUGAGGGAUCUCCUGAGCCGGGUCGUGGCUAAAACCGACGGAGCGGAGGUGGAGCCGCUGGAGAAGCUCUACGCUCGUCUGGCUCAGAGCAUCUACAGACACCGGAACAACUACAGCAAGACGGAGCUCCUCCAGGACAUGAAGACAGAAAUCAACAGCUUCUCUUCUUAAAUCAAACUCCUGUGCACUAAAAGAGAAACACGUUUACUCCUCAUUUUAGAGCUGCAUUUAUGUUUGACCUGAUUUAAAGCAGAGUAUUUAUUUUAUCAUCCUAACUGAUUUAUUUUAUCUCAGAUAUUAUUUAAAUUAGAGUAUUUAUUUUAUCAUCCUAACUGAUUUAUUUUAUCUCAGAUAUUAUUUAAAUUAGAGUAUUUAUUCUAUUGUUUGUAUUCAUGUAAAGCAGAGUUUAUUUGUGUCCAAUGAUGAAAGUCUGAUUAAAGUCGUGUUUUUGUCUCUAAAAGCAUCAUGAAUAAAGUUUUUUUGAACUUUC